AUGGUCAGAGCAGAGCUAGUGGUGGUAGACAACGAGUCAUCCGAAAGUGAAGAGAACGACGAAGAGGGCGAAAUGGACGAAGUAUUUGACGAGGAGAACAUGGAAAGUUCAAAAGCAUCGCGGCAAAUUUUAAACCAAACUUUUACACCAGAGAAAUCGAUAUCCAGCUCGAUACAUUGUGGUACAGAAAGACCCAUUGCAGAAGAGGUUCAUAGUUUUGACAAAAACGGAAAGCGUAGUAGUAAUUGUGAUGAAGACGAGGGAGUGGAGGAGGAGAUUGAGCUGGAGGACAGAGCUUCUCCUCCUGUUUACGGUAUCGAGAAUGCUGCGUUUGUGGAUGACCGGGAUGUCGAUCAAUUCCUGAAGGAAGAGGACGAAGAAGAAGAUGCCGAUGUUGAAGAGCCCGUGUAUGAGGAAGACUAUGAUGAGGAUUGUUAUGAAAAGAUCGGACUAUCUGAUGAAGAAGAUCCACCCCCACAGAGGAAAAUACAGUUCUCCACAGACCCCAUCCUGGUUUUCAGCACAUUUUCCAACGAAGAUUAUGACCGGCGCAACGACGAUGUGGAUCCAGUGGCAGCUUCUGCAGAGUACGAGCUGGAGAAGAGGGUGGAGAAGAUGGAUGUUUUUCCUGUGGAGAUUGAAAAGGGAGACAACGGCCUGGGCAUUAGUAUCAUCGGGAUGGGAGUGGGAGCGGACCAGGGGCUAGAGAAGCUCGGCAUCUUUGUCAAAACCAUAACAGAACAAGGGGCUGCAGAGAAGGAUGGGCGGAUACAGGUAAAUGACCAAAUAGUGGAAGUGGACGGGGUCAGUCUAGUGGGAGUGACUCAACUAUUUGCGGCCACUGUCCUGAAGAACACGAAAGGGACUGUGAGGUUUCUGAUUGGUCGGGAGAAGCCAGGCACCCAGAGUGAAGUGGCCCGUCUCAUUAGUGAGACACUGGAGCACGAGAAGAACCAGCAGCAGAUGGACGAUGCCUAUGACCAUUCCACAGAGGAGGAGGACCGCUACGAGGACGAGGCCAUGGAUGACAGGAUUCUGGGAUCCAACUUUUCACCUGGACGUAAUGUAGACGUGUUUGAGCUUCCCCAUUCAGAAGCCUUCUUCAUGCCAACCAACAUGGACAGCUCUCAGAUGGCAUUCAAAUUCAAAGAGCUCCAGCUUAAAAACAGCAUUGCACAUGAGAAAAUAAAUCAACUGAACGAAAAGCUAAGGAUUUCAGAAGAAGACAAAUCCCUGUUUGAAGCCAGGGAGACGGCGCUGGAGCAGAAAGUUGAAGAGAAUAAUGAAAAGAUCCUGAAGCUGGAGAGUUCCUGGCUCGAAGCUCAGGCUCUAUGUGAAACUGCCAACAAAGAAUUAUCUGAAUCACAAGCUCAGUACGAGACGCUGGACAAGAAGUACAACAAGGCCAAGAAACUGCUAAAGGACUAUCAGCAGAAAGAAACUGACUUUGUGAAGAAGGAAGAAGAACUAAAGAAAAGCCUUGAGGAGAAAGACAAGUGGUACAAGGAGCAGCUGGACAGUUUGCAGAAAAGGAUAGCGGCUCUGGAGUCUAGGGGGAGCUCGCUGGCGCCGGGAGAGGACCAACUGGAGCACGUUCCCAGCAGCCCACAGGCCGAUGACUCACAGCCAGAGCAGGACUGGGUGGAGCUCCUGCCUGAGACCGAGCGCUUGGACACCAGUGCACACAGAGCAAAAGGCCUGCUCGCCCUCAAAGCCAAACGCCAGCCUCCAUCACGCGGGAAACUGAAGGAAAGCCUGAACUCAGACUCUGCUUCAACGUCUCUGCAGCCUCAGGAAUCUAAAGAUAGUGAUGAGGAGAACCCCAGGAGGAGGAGGUCAUGGCAGGAGAGCCUGGCUCUGCCACUGCCUGUAUGCUACACACAGUCUCCGAGAGACAACACCAGGGACCAGGAGAUGUCCAGCAGCCCGUCCCUGACCCCCUCACAGGGGGACAGCAUGGAGAGCUAUGGGAGCCCUUCUCCGGUCAAGGACGCGUCUCCAGGCUACUUGAGAAACGCCAAGAAGAGAGAGUCCAAAGGAAAGACCAAGGUCUCCAAUGAGGAGUUAAAUGAACCAGUAGCAGCAGGAAAACCCAAAAGGCGCUUCCCUGAUUUUGGGGGCUUGAGAAAAUCUGGUGGAAAAGGGAAAAAGAACCAAGAUAAAGAAGCCACAAGAGCAUCUCUGGGCAGCAGGGGGUCAGCUGAGCUGCUGGAGGAGUCUGGGGGAAACCUGUCACCAGCAGAGUCCAUGACCUCAGUCCCAAGCUGCAUGCCCUUCUCCUGGUUAAGAGAUAAAGACCGUGAUAAAGAGAGAGAUCCCUCCUGUUCCAUUAACAGUUUGCCCUAUAUAGCCACAGAGACGAGCAGUGAGCAGAGCCAGGAGCGCAAAACCAAGACAAAUCUGUCCUGGUCUUCUUUAUUCAGUCGCUCCUUAGAUUUGAGUUUAUCAGUCAUAGAUGACUGUAACCCGGGCAGCCCCAGUUCAGACACCUCUGGGUUAGUGACUGAACCCAAUCUGUCUGGGCGCUCUCACACUCUAGUCUUCUCCUCCAGCGAGACAUUGGACGAUGAGCCCGUGCCCGCAGGGAAAGAGUACCAGUGGCAGACUCGGCCCGUGCCAGAGUGGACCAGUCAGCAGGUGUGUCACUGGUUAAUGGGACUCAACUUGGACCAGUACACGCCCGACUUUAUGGCAAAAGGAGUGGACGGCCAACAGCUGCUGUAUUUGGACAGUGACAAAUUAAAGGCCCUCGGAGUCUCAAGUCAGAGCGACCGAUCAACGAUCAAAAAGAAGUUGAAGGAAAUGCGAAAGGCACAGGAGAAGCAGGAGAAGCAGAGGGAGAAGGAGAUCCGUCGCAGUGGGAGGCUGCCUGUCAGUACGGACUCUGUGUGCUGA